GCAAGCGUGGUGUCCAGCUGACGCUGCCUCGUGACAGUCCCGGUGUAAGAAAUAGAGGUGACCUCCGAAACUGAUCGAGGGAGAGAGCUGGACAAGGAGCAGGCAUGGCUGAAACUAUCCGAGUUCUGGUGACCGGUGCUGCUGGGCAGAUUGCCUACUCUCUGCUGUACAGCAUCGCGAAGGGAGAUGUGUUCGGCAGAGACCAGCCUCUCGUCCUCGUCCUGCUGGACAUCCCUCCUAUGCUGCCAGUGCUGGAAGGUGUUGUCAUGGAGCUGCAGGACUGUGCCCUCCCCAUCCUGAAAGAGGUCAUUCCCACCGAUAAAGAGGAGGUCGCAUUCAAGGAUCUGGAUGCAGCCAUCCUGGUGGGCUCCAUGCCCAGGAAAGAGGGGAUGGAGAGGAAGGAUCUGCUGAAGGCCAAUGUCGCCAUCUUUAAAUCUCAGGGGGCUGCUCUGGACAAGUACGCAAAGAAAACUGUGAAGGUUCUGGUGGUUGGUAAUCCUGCUAACACAAACUGUCUGGUUGCGGCUAAAUCUGCUCCCUCCAUCCCCAAAGAGAACUUCUCCUGCCUGACCCGCCUGGACCACAACCGCGCUCGAUCCCAGGUGGCGAUGCGCUGUGGCAUUCCAGCAGAUAAUGUGAAGAACGUGAUUAUCUGGGGGAAUCACUCCUCCACCCAGUACCCUGAUGUCCACCACUGCAUGGUCAGCGUGGGGGGCAAGGACGUGGCCGCCUUCGACAUGGUGAAGGAUGACGACUGGCUGAAAGGAGACUUUAUUUCUACGGUGCAGCAGCGUGGAGCAGCAGUUAUUAAGGCCCGUAAGCUGUCCAGCGCCAUGUCUGCAGCCAAGGCCAUCUGUGACCACAUGAGGGACAUCUGGAACGGCACUCCUGAGGGUGAGUUUAUCUCCAUGGGUGUGUACUCCACUGGAAACCCCUAUGGCGUCCCUGAAGACCUCAUCUAUUCAUUCCCCGUCACCAUCAAGGACAAAUCCUGGAAGAUUGUAGAUGGUCUGGCCAUCAACGACUUUUCCAGAGCCAAGAUGGACGCCACGGCAGCUGAGCUGGUGGAGGAGAGGGACACCGCCGUCUCCUUCCUGGGGGUGUGACUAAAGCCACAGCAGACCUCGCGCCUCCACCCAGACGCACCAGAACCUCCAGACGCACGUCUGUGAGAGCCGAUCCAUUGCCCCCGAGAACCCAGAAGCACUCCACUGUCCUCUUUCUCUGUCUGUCUGUGUGUUUCCCCAACUCUGCUGCUGCUUCCUCUUCAGGCUAGUGGUCCACAGCUCAGCCGGGUAGUUCUAGAGUCAACUCACGUAGAAUUUACACCACUGUCCCACCCAUCACACCUCCAUCAUAAAGCAUUAUACUACCCCUCGCCCUCUCACUGUUUUUGGGGUGGUAUUGUUGCUGAGGAGGUGAGGCUGCUCAGGAGGUGCAGGGUAGAUUUAAAAGAAGAGUUUGAAGAACAUCGGAACCUGAGGCACAUUGUAGAAGGUAGAAAGGAUCUCACAAAGCUUUUUAGAUCUUAAUUGAAGUCCUUCAGAAAUCUCCCCUCCAGUGACAAUCAUAAAAUGAUUAAAGGUUUUUUUAUAGGAUAUUUAGAUCCAAUAGAACAGGCCAGUAGGUUCUAGAACUCAACAAAGCUGUGGAGAACAAGCUGGCUCAAAUUUGGCGUCAGGUUUACAACGUUGGUUGGUUGUAGUGCUGAUCUAGGCUCUGCUCACUUACCGUUCUAAAGAAGAGCUGAUUAAACAUAGACCAGCAUUAAACAAUGAUCUAAACAUGGGUUUUUCUCUUGUUUUCCACACUCUACAAGGACAGGACAGAUGAUGGCAAGCUGUAUCUGUAUCUGCUAGCCCUCUUCCACCCAUCCUAGCUUUUGGAGAACCUGCACAGAAUGAGACGGAGCCAAAGAGAGGAGGCAGCCUCAAUAGGUCAUAGGAAUAGGUCAAUAUAGAACCCUGUGUGGGUUCUUUCUCUUACCACAUUGUGUUUUGUCUUCGUCAGGCCUUUAAAUGGAAAAGCUGUUACAGAUCCACUAGCCAUUUCAAACCUAGUAGGAACAUGUACGUGAGCCAGUGCGUGAAACUACCCCAACGAUGCACAAGUUGUACAGUGACUGUGAAGAACGUUCUUAUAUAGGUCCUACAAUCAGUCCGGUGGUGGAGAUUGAAGUAUUUCUUGAACUGAAACAGUUUGGUUUUGUCUUGUUUUUGAUUGUUUCCUUGUUUGCUGGAGAGCCUACCAUCAACACCAUGUUCACUGAGGUCACAUUUUAUAUUAGUUCUGCAUUAUCGUGUAUCUGCACAAUAAAUAAAUAAAUAAAAAUAUAAAACGGA